AUGAUCCAAGGCAUCUUUUACGCAAGAUUCUUCCCCCAAGAAGGUCCCAAAAUAGUCGCUCAAUCACCCCCUGGAUGCAUCACCCCCUCCGAAACAACCCUCAACACCCGCCAGCCUCUCAUCGACUUCGACGUCCUCCAGGAAUACAUCAUCCCCCGCCAGGCCUUCUGCAACCGCUACGUCACUAUCAACUCUCCCGACGGCAAGUACACCGUCCUCGGCUAUCCCGUCGUCAUUGCCCACGCCAAAUACCUCCGCAAUGAGUUCAUCUUCAACUUUGGCAUCCUCAUCGAGGCCGACGUCGACCAGACUCCCUACGAAGGCGUGGUGAGGUACCUCGCUGCCACCUUUGCCGAGAUGGAGAAGCAGAAUGAGUAUCUGAGCUUGGGCGAGGGCGACGGGCUCAAGGACCAUGAGGCGAGGCGGCCCAUUGAGAGUUUGUUGGAGAUUGUCAAGGAGGAUUUGAACAAUUAUGGCGAGUGCAUGAUUCCCGUGGACGAAGCCAACACCAUCAACAUGAAGCUUUUCCCUCACCACCGCACACCCCCCACCGUCAAAGGCUGGCACGUCCCCGUCGCCAAAGUCAAGUUUUCGGAAAUCGUCGACCCAACAUGGGAUCUCACACUCCAAAAGGUAAUCGCCAAAAUAGACGGCGUCUCAGACGUGCGCCGCAUCGCCCACGCCGCCUCCGUCUCGCUCGACCUCGCCAAAACCGCCCUCCGCCACCUCCUCUACUACGACACCAUCCUCCUCAUCGACAUCUUCUUCUUCAGCUCGUGCUACGCCGCCCGGCCCGCCAUCCACGACUUCAUCCGCAACGUCGACGGCAUUGUGGACGAGUGCGCCGGCUACGUCUCCCACGGCCGCGGCAGAGUCAGCAACUACCACCUCAUCAAGCUCAUGUCGUCGUUUGCCCCGAGCAAGAGUGUCAAGGAGUGGAUCAUGACGAGCCAGGACUCUGGCUUUGACGUGUUGAAUUACGUUGAUGUUCGGCGGUUUGUGCAGUUUGGCGUUAUAAAGGGGUGUUUGUACCGUGUGCACAAGUAUGUCCUCUCGAAGCAGUAUCUUGCUGCGUUGGCGUCGGGUGAGAGUCGGCCUGUACCCGGGGGUGAUUCCUUGCAAAAGUAUACGGAUGGGAGCCAUCACUUUGACCAGAUUAUCACGGAGCAGAAUCUGACGAAUGAUGAAAUUAUGGAUAAGUUGAAGGUUUUGCCGGUCCCAAAGGGCGAUCUCACAGUGUUGUACAGGUAG